CUAACUGGGUGUGGGACAACACUGGCGUGGCUUCAAUGACGGCAUCAACAUUAGCACACGAAGUCGGUCACAAUUUGGGACUGAGCCACAACUUUAGUAUACUUGACCUGCUCUCGGGCAUGUUGAGCAAUGGCACCUGUUUCUGCUCUGGUUUGGAUUCUUGUCUUAUGGAUCCCUAUGUCAGUUCAGUUCCCCCGGAAGCGAUCACUGAGUGUCAGCAACAAAAUAUCAGAGAGUUCAUUACAAAAGGUUCGGAUAAUUGUUACGAAAAGCAAAGUGGAGGAGUGCAUUUAUCGCUAUCCACCUCUGUGAUAAUAAAUUCGGUGUAUGACAGGAAUUUAGACGGCCCUUCAUUCUGUCUGCUUAACGAGCCUGUGAAGAACAUAGAGGCUGCUUACUGUGGCGACUACAUAGUCAACCAGGCCUCGGAGGAGUGCGACUGUGGGGAUCCAGAGACAUGCGAGGAUCCCUGUUGCAACUCCAGGAGAUGCACGUUAAAACAGGGGGCUCUCUGCUCCACAAUGAGCCUGUGCUGUGAUCAGCUGUGUGGUCUGAGAUCGGAAGGCGAAGUUUGCAGAGGAGUUCGCAGUUCUUGUGACGUUGCAGAGUACUGCGAUGGACUGAGCUCGGAAUGUCCGACUGACGAAUUCGUCCGAAGUGGAUCCGAAUGUGACGUCGUCCCAGGAAGUGUCGGACAUUGUUUCUUCGGCGAAUGCAUUUCCGAAAGGCAACAGUGCAACCGGAAAAUGAGCCGACUGUCCUACGAGGAAGCAGUAGAGUGGCACAAUAGCACACUGGAGGCUUGUUGGGAUCUGAAUCUGGGAGGAACAGAGGCUGCCAACUGUGGAAGGGACUACGCUGGAACAACUGGAGGAGAGUAUCUGCAAUGCAAUGAAACCAAUAAACGGUGUGGGAACUUGCAGUGCUCUUCAUCACAUUCAAUAUUUGAUGAAUUUGACUACAUAGAGGCCCAAUAUGGACCAGACUAUGAUUACCUUGUCAACAACUUCAAAGAUUCCUUCAUCGGAGGCGCAGUUGAAACUGAGAUCGGUGUUUUUACUUAUUGUUACUCAAUUGGAGAAAGAAGUUUUUGGUCGGCUCUUGAUGCUACAGAGUUGUACCAUUACGUGAGAGAUGGAACUUGGUGUGACCAAGAGAGUUUCUGUUUCAAUAAGGAGUGUCUUCAUAUCUCAAUGUAUCCAGGGAUCACAGAGUGUCCUUUCAACUGUUUCGGACGUGGAAACUGCAAUGGUACGAACCAAUGCGAGUGUGACGAGGGAUUCGACACACCUCACUGCGAAUCACUGGCUCCUUCAGCCUCUCAUUUCGGAGCAAUGGCAACCAUCGCCAUGCUCUGGCUGGGACGCUGCAUUCUGGAAUGAUAACUUGAACUUAUUUGUUGAUAUAUCGAACCCCUUUUAGAUUUACUUAUUUCAAAUUUCAAUUGAUUUGGACAUAUCCCCCAUUUAUGCUAAACAAAUGAUGUUUCUUAUUCCAUGAUGGUCGUUUCUCGUGGAGUAAGAUGGGUAUUGCUUAAACUGCAGACUGGAAUGUA